UAAUACUGCAAUGCACAAAGUGGAAAUACCACGGGGAAAACCAGGCGCGCCAUCCGGCGGUCACUGCGCGCUUCAGUGUCACUUCCUUGUUCUUCUGUGGAAGGAGAAAACUUUUCACGAAAGGGACACGUCCGGACUUUCGUGAUAUUUUUCUGCCAAGCCUAAGGUUUUAACCAACCAUCUAAUUCCUCAUUCAUCGCUCCCAGUUCGUUCCGAGCUGAAAAAAAGUUAGAAGUUAUGGCUGACAGCCGGGAAGAGGGGAAAGAAGACGCCGAGCAGGAGCCUCGGGGUGCCGUGGGUGGGGAAGAUGUCAUUGAUGAUCCCAUCAUGGAGACGGGAGCAGUGGUGCUCAGAGGGUAUGUGAUUGAACGUAUAAACACGGAGGAGCCCAGUCGACACGUGUCCUCUGAGAAUCUUGGAGGAAGGAUGAAUGAGCAGCAGGAUCCCAAUAUCAAAGAGGUGGUGAAGCACCUGCUCAAGAUUGCAGAUGACUUCAACAGGAAUGCUGAGUUCCAACGACUGGUCAACCAGGUUCAGGCCGACUGUGCCCGGCACACCUUGAUGCAGGUGGCCCAGCGCAUCUUUGCUGACGGCAUCAACUGGGGUCGAGUGGUGGCUCUCUUCCAUCUGGCCUACAGACUCAUACACAAGGCACUGACCACCAACCAUCUAGAGAACAUUAGAACAAUCAUCAGCUGGGUCCUCCAGGUCAUCAGAGAGUAUCUCUACUCGUGGAUCGUACAGCAGGGAGGCUGGGAGGGGGUGAUUCAAGGCUUUUCUCAGUGGAGGAGAGUAGCCAUAGUAGCAUCAGUAGCAUUGGUGGCAGCUAUUGUUUACUACAGGAAGACGCGCUGAGAGCUGAAGACCUCACAACCAGGGCUGCAGACCCAUCUCCUGGAUAAACGCAGCUUGUUAAUAAAGACAAUUUCUGGACAUUAAUUACAACCACUCUUCGACCUCCAUCUCAUUAACGAGUGGAGGUCAAAAACUCGGAACAAAUAAAGGACUUGAAGGCUAACAGAAGAUGAUGGAUGUUUAUGAACGUGGGACGUAGCUGUAGAUGUCUACCAACAGACCAGAGGAGCCGACUCCACCUGAACCACAUGGGUUCUGGAUGAGUCCCAACGUCAAUUACUCCAGGUCUUGGGUCGAAGCUAAAUUCGGACUGGACCUGAGAGGACAUAAAAAGACCUGAAACAAAGGAAAGUGCUCCACACCAUCGACAAGCAAAUUUGGGUGAACCACUUUUUCUGGACAUAUCUGGUAGGUAAUCAGAGACUCGGGCCCUUUUCAGAUCAGAUACCAAUGUUCAGUCUUGGGAAGACCUCGACUCGUGGUACGGCUCUGCUCGACUUACUUUUGGUACCGGGCGCUUUUCUCUAUUUAGUUUUUCACUGCGGGUAGUGUAGUGUCAGUGUAGGUGGGAAUCUCAGCUGUUCGCCGGAGCGGCGCCACAGGAGACUGUCGUGACCUCAUGUUCAACGGGACACUCGCUGAAUCCUCUCAUCGUCAACCAAACAGAAGAACGUCUGCACUCAAUUGUACGACGUAGUUUUGCGUGCUGCCAUUUAAAAAAAAAAAAAAAAAAAAGUUUUAAUAAAAAUCUGGGUCAUGUGAAUUUAACAAAAAGAAGCGAUCACUACUGACCGUAUGUCCAGUGUGGCUCUAGUGAUGAUUCUCUCUGAACGACCAGUGGUCUGCUGUGUAUUAACUCCACCUUAUCGUAUCGGCUCAGCUCACUUGGACUGAGGCGGUACUAAAUACUGUACAUGUACUAUCCACAACUUUUGCUAAUGUUAAACCAAAACACAAGUCGAGCCGUGCCGUGCCGUGCAGCAUUACCUUUCUCAAUAGAACUCAAAAGAGUUGCAAAGUGGAAGAAUACGCUGAUUUUAAGAAGUAAAAUAUUUCCCCCUUUUUUAAAAAUAUUUAUUUUAAUGUCCUCCACAUGUAAACACAGGAACGUUCUGGCUAAUGUAAAGAUACCAGAGGUUUAUUUUGAUGGCCGUCGGUUUUAUUUUUCCGCCUCUAAGAAAUCAUGUUGUGCUCAUCCUUUGGUGGAUGAGCACCAUUUGGCGUGUUGUAGCACAAAAAGCACUGGGGGCAUUAAUAACAUUAACAACGGCUGCAUGCCAUUUCGUUUCGCCUGUUCCAGGGUCCUUGCACUGUGUGACAUUGUUAAUGUAAUUAGUUCUGCAGUUUUCCAAGUCGGAAGUGUCUGCGCAGGAAAAACAUCUGUUGCCAACAAAACAGGGCUGAAUCUUAACUUUCAGCUCGGUUACUGGACAUUUCUUACCGAAAGGAUUCUUUGAGUUGUUGACUUAACUCCUUAAGUUUUUAAUGUACCUUUAGUUUACCUUUUCAACAAUUUAUAAAUAUAUUUAAAAAACCCCCGAAUAUUUCCUAGUUGAUGAACGUUUAUACUGAUAAUUCAUCCAGAGAGUUUGAUGUCUAUUAUUUAACCAUCUAAUGUUGUCUAUGCAGAAAGUGAAUGGGACUUAAACGUGCAGGAGUGUGGCCUCUGGUAGAGUCCUCCCAACACAUGGCUGUAUAGGUGUGAGACUCUGCAGUGCUGGUGUUGAGUCCCAUCUCUUGGCUGACCAUCGCUGCACUGAACUGCACACGGGCUCAUGUAUCCAGCUGAAUGAUGCGAGGACAAAAGCCCUGACGUAGCAUUUACAGACGUGUAAUUCUCUGUACCAGCAGUGUUAAGAAGCUUUAUCUUUCACAACAAGAGAGGCCAAGGCAACAGGACUAACCUCAGUAAUGAUAUGUAUUUAGAUUCUUAAAGGUAAACCUGAGGAGAAGGACCAGACUUUAAUCGUACAUAAAGAAAAUAUUCUCCACAGUUCUCCAGGAAAACUGGUGUAUAGAUAAAUAAGUGAUUAUUUGAACUAAUGCUUUUUGGUUAUUGCUGUGUAAGGAUAACAUGAUAUUAUGGAUGAUUUAUAUGGGAACAGUUUGUGUCUAAUAGCACAGCUAGGUGCUAUUAUCUCGUGCCAUGAGAUCUUUUAUCAGGGACUUUUGCUACCAAAUUCAUCGUGCACUUUUGAGAGGGAUACUAUUUAUCUGCUGUGCUAUGGUGUUCUUUAAAAUGUGAACUGAUGAAUAUUUUAUUGUUAGAAAAAUGAUUUGAUUGGACAUUUCUGUGAAUAAAUAAAAAAUGUGUUAUUCCACUCA